AUGAUGGCCCUUUCCUUUGCCUGUGGAUGCGCUUACUCUAUAAUUUUGGUGAUGCUGUGGAGAGAUAACGAUCUCAUCAGAAUGUCUUGCUAUAAGCUGAUGUUCAUUCUGGGCGUGUUCGAUGUCGUCCAAUGUCUGCCACAUUUUGUCACUGGAAUAUUCACAAUACUCCAAUCAGUGGUGCAUCCAGCACUGGCAAAGGCUAUGGGAGUUUUGGCGACACCGGCCUACGUUGCCUAUACCGUGCUCACAGUGGUGCUAUCUUUCAACAGAUUCGUACAGAUCUAUUUUCCUCGCCUUGAUGCUAUUUUGUUCAGUGAAAAGAAUGUAAAUGUGAGAAAGAUUACUUCCAAAUCAAC